GAUAACAGCUUCAAGUACGGCAAGGUGGAUGGUGCUCAUUCUUACCACGAGGGCGAUGAUGGCGAGUUCUGGAGUAACGUCGACGCCUCCCUCAAGGAGGCCGGUGGCCCUAUUUCAGUUGAACAAAAGGGACUUGCAUGGGCGUUUCUUCCAGCAUUCUUCGCUGGUGUUGCAUUUGGCCUCCCGCCGCAGUGCUCACUCCUUACCAGCUGUGCGCAACCCUCCCUCCGCCCCCCCACAUUCCUCUCCCCCGCCUCCGUGUUUGUCGGACUCCCUUCCCUGUCACUCCACCCCACGGUUCCUCAAUCCUCAUGCGUGGGGCUGGCUCGACUAUUCCGUGUCGCAAAAUCACUCCAAAUACUCGCGUCUGCUCACUCGCAACCCAAACUUGCCUAG